AUGCUGCGUUUUGUCCUUUCUCAUUUUUCCUUUCUUUCGUUCUUCACUUCUCUUUCUUUCUUUCUUUCUUUCUUUCUUUUCUGUCUUUCUUUCUUUCUCCCGUUCUUUUUUCUUUACCGAUAUUCUGUUUUGUUCCUCUUUCCCCACUUUUUCCUUUCUUUUCUUUCUUCUAUCCUUUUUCUUUCUUUCUUUUUUCUUUCGUUCUCUUUUUUCUUUUUCUUUUCGAUAUUCUGCUUUUUUUAUUUCUUUCCAUUUUCUUACAUUUUUUCUUUCGUUUUGUUCUUCUUUUCUCUUUCUUUCUUGAUUAUUUCCUUCCGUUUUUUUUCCUUCCUCAUGAUUUUUCUUUUUCUUUCUAAUACACUGUUUUCUUCCUUUCUAAUUUCAAAUUUUUUCCUUCUUUUUCUUCCUUCGAAUCUCUUUCUGCCUGGUAUUUAUUUUUUAUUUAUUUUUUCAUUCUUUUCAUUGCUUUCGUUUUUUUUUCUUUGUUAUAAUUUUCUUUUUUUUCAAUAUUCUUCCUUAACUUCUUUUCCUUUCUUUCUUUCUUUCUUUUCUUUCUUUCUUUUCUUUCUUUCUUUCCUUCUUUCUUUCUUAACUUCUUUUCCUUUCUUUCUUUCUUUCUUUCUUUUCUUUCUUUCUUUCCUUCUUUCUUUCCUUCUUUCUUUCUUUCUUUCUUAA